CCACCUGGCCCAAUUAUCGCACCUCAUCCACACACCAGACCUCCGCCGCUCUUCGCCGUCAGCCCUCGCCUCCCCGUCACAACUCACAACCGUCGCCCCGCUUCUCCCCGCCCGAUUUCCCAGAUCCUUAAUAACGUUCAUGGCCUCCGUCUCCCCCGCGGCGGCCGCCGCCGCGGUCUCAGGCUCUCACCACGGUCGCCUCCUCCUCCCAUCCUCCCCGCGCCGCCUCCCCCGGCCCCGCCCGCGCCUCCGCUUCGCCUCCUGCCACGCCGACACCCUCCUCCCCUCGUCAUCAUCGGAGGUCCGCACACCGCUGGUACCCGCGGUAGAGCCUUCCUCCGAAUCUUCCACCGACUGCUUCGUCGACUGGCUGCGCGCGCGCGGCCUUCCCCCGGGCAAAGUGGACAUCCGGGAGCGGCCGGUGCCCUGCUUGCGUGACGGCAAGGACCGGCCGCUGCGCUACGUCGCCGCCGGCGUCGACCUCCAGGAGGGAGAUGUGGCGUUCGAGGUGCCAAUGUCCCUCGUCGUCACGCUGGAGCGGGUGCUCGGGGACGAAUCAAUAGCUGAGUUGUUGACAAACAACAAGUUAUCUGAGUUGGCAUGUUUGGCAUUAUAUCUCAUGUAUGAGAAAAAGCAAGGAAAGGAUUCAUUUUGGUACCCCUACAUUAAGGAACUUGACCGACAUCGAGGAAGGGGGCAGCUAGCUGUUGAAUCACCACUUCUAUGGACUGAAAGUGAACUGGACUACCUUAGUGGAAGCCCCUUGAAGGAUGAAGUUGUUGCUAGAGAUGAGGCAAUAAGGAGAGAGUAUAAUGAGCUUGACACAUUGUGGUUUAUGGCAGGUUCACUAUUUCAGCAAUAUCCUUUUGACAUACCUACUGAGGCUUUUCCGUUUGAAAUAUUCAAGCAGGCUUUUGUUGCAGUACAGUCUUGUGUUGUUCAUUUGCAGAAAGUUAGUCUUGCUCGAAGGUUCGCACUAGUUCCCUUGGGGCCGCCACUAUUGACUUACAAGAGCAACUGCAAAGCGAUGUUGACAGUUGAUGGUGAGUCUGUUCGAUUGGUGGUGGAUCGGCCAUAUAAAGCUGGAGAACCAAUAAUCAUCUGGUGUGGACCCCAAACAAACUCCAGGCUUGUUCUGAACUAUGGUUUUGUUGAUGAAAACAAUCCCUUUGAUCGCAUAUCAAUUGAGGCAUCUUUAAAUACAGAAGAUCCUCAAUACCAAGAAAAGAGAAUGGUUGCUCAGAGGAAUGGAAAGCAUGCUAUCCAAAAUUUUAAUGUCUAUGUAGGCAAAGAGAAACAAACUGUUGCAGAAAUGCUUCCUUAUUUGAGAUUAGGAUACAUUUCAGAUCCAGACGAAAUGCAGUCUAUACUCUCUUCUGAAGGAGAUACAUGUCCAGUUAGUCCAUGUACAGAGCGAGCUGUACUUGAUCAGCUUGGUGGUUACCUGGAAUCUCGGUUGGCUGGUUAUCCAACAACAUUGAAUGAAGAUGAAGCUAUGUUGGCAGAUGGCAGUUUGGAACCAAAGCAGGAAGUUGCUACUAGGCUUGUGAGGUUGGAGAAGAAGAUGCUCCAUGCCUGUCUCCAGGCCACAAAUGAGUUUAUAACUGACUUGCCAGACCACACAGUAUCACCUUGCCCUGCUCAAUAUGCCCCUGAAAUGAAAUGAGGUUGCAUGUUGUUUUCUUUCCCAAAUGGUCAUAUCAUUAAGAAUGUCACAAUUUGAUCAAUGUGCAUAUCUUUUUGAAGACCAUAUAUGCUGCAAGGUGGAUAUAAUAUUUGAAAGAAUUUGCUCCUUGUUUUCUUUAGAGAUUACGUAAACGCAAUUGCUUGCUAGAAGGUAAAUGAGGCUGACCGAAGUUGUGUUACAUUGUUUCAUGCCAAAAAGCGCGAUACGUAAUACAAAUGUAUUGUUCAUUGAUACGAACGCUGCUUAUGGUUACAGCUUGCGUGUUCCAGGAAAUCACAUCUCUUGAUGUUCCAAGUUAUAAGGGUAUCAGUGGUCUUCAGCGGGAUAUGGUAAUGGUCUCCAACGGGAUGUGGCCAUGUUGUAGUUAUUAGUUGCAAUGCACCAAAGUAGUGGCGGACUUAGGAUUUGAACCUCGGGUAUUCUAAGACAUAAAAAAUGGUAUGUAAUACCAUAUACAGUUCAGUAACACAUAUAUAUAAUGGUAGGCGUUUCGGAGA